AAGCUUUACGCUCUCAAAUGAAUCUCAAGGGACUUCUCGGAUUUUUGAUAAUGCUGAAGAAUUCGAUCAACUAACUCUCUCGGCAGAUAAUGCUGAAGAAUUCGAUCAACUAACUCUUUCAGCAGCUGAAGCCUUGAAAACGAAGUUAAAUGGUUUGGAUGAUUUCACUUUUAAACGUAAAAAUUCUGCGCAAGCUGCAAGUAAUCGAAUUUUCUCCCGACCUGAAUCUCCAAUGAAAAAGAAAUAUAAUUCUGAGACUAGUUAUAGUUUGUCAAACUUAAGAAAACAUAAUUAUGAUGACUUUGAUAGUGAUUUUGCGGAUUGGUCAAUGGAGGGUACAGGAAGAAGAGUCGCAUAUGAAGAUUUUACUACAAUAG